CCGAUCAAACUCAGCAACGUAAUCUAUUUGUAUUACAAUGAAAAGGGAACAUCCCACUCACAUUCCUCCCGUUCACACCCCUCGGCGCCAGGCGGUCCCCACAACACAACACCAUGCCACCUCACUCUGCCUGCAUCUCUCAGCUCCUUUGUUCUAGCAGCAUGUGCUUCCCCCAGCACGCGCUGCAACACCAAAACCUCCUGUCUCGAUCUCGAUUGCUGCAUCUGCGCCAUCUUCCGGUCUCGGAACUCAUCGUGUCUUUGGUUGAUCUCGGAGAUCUUGAAGCUCGGGUGGCACGCAGCACAGCUGUCAUCAAUGCGCUGGAGAGGGCCGUGAAUUCUGUCUUGAGGACAAGGCCUAAGGUCUCGUUGUGCAGCAGCUUGAUGACAGUAGGAUAUGUAGUGGUUCAGAGCGUGCCCGCAGCUCAUGAUGGUGACGGUCCCUUGGCACAUUGUGUCUUUGCUUUCGUUUUCCGUGGGGUUGAGUUGGGAUGUUGGAUGUUUAAUGCCGAAUGGACAUUUAAUUCUGCUUCUUCAGUAUGGGUUGAUCCUUCUGUUCGCAUGUUGUAGCUGCUUCUUUGUUCUCGAAUCUUGGACAAUGGACUUGACUCAAAGCGAACAAAGAAGAUUUUCCACUUCACGAUAAAGAAAGCACUGCCUUCUAUGACUGGAAGUGAUGGUUUGAUUUCUUUGUUCGGGAGGCUCUAGGGUCAUAUUGUUGGCAUCUGCAUCAUCGGUCGGGCUAGAAAUACAUCAUCCCAAGUUCCUGAUAUGCUGCAAGUACCAGGAAUUUGGGGUCAGGAAGGAGAUUGUUCGAGCAGAGGGAGACACCGAGUUUGGCUAUCUGGUUGACUGCCCGUGGAGAGGUCCGUCUUCAACGACCCUUCAUCUCAAGAACCAACU